AUGGAGCCUUUCACCACUUAUGAUGAGUGUGCCAUCACUCAUCUGCCUCACGUCCGUCUUGCUAGAUUUCAUUUCCUGCAAAACGACUACGUAUUAUUUGAUGCGCCCUGCAGCUUCAAGAAGGGCAUGAAGAUCGGCGUUGAUGGAAAGUGUCUUGGCGUUGUAGGUGUAGAGCAUGAGACAUUCUCCAUGGCGAGUCGUUGA